AUGAGUUCUUGGAGAGGACAAGAGGGCAGCUCAGCAAGGAAAAGCGGGGAGAGACUGUCAGGUAAGAUGCUGAGAAUGGCAAUGGGGAAGGUAAAACUGCAUGGAAGACAGGAUGUCAAAGGCAUUCUGAUCUAUAGGAACUAAGAAAAACCUUUUAGUAUCUUUCUAAUGAGUGUGACUGAGGAUCCUGAUAGAGGACAGCUGCAGCAGGUUGUGCUAGGUAGGAAGGAAGCCUUUCAACCCUUCAAAGACUAAGGCAGUUUAACUACUGUCUGUAGAAAAAAGGUGAAGGGUGGUGGUGAUUGGGAAUCCCCUACUGAGAGAUGGCUGUGUGCUGACCAGGCCUGUUAAACUCGUGAAGUACAUUGUCUCCUCAGUGCAUGGAUUCAGGGUAUGAGAGACAGGUUGCCCAAGACUGAACACUCAUCAGCCCUACUUGCCAGGCAGAACUACAUUUUAUGUUUGACUAUUUUAAAUUUAUAUCCCACCCUUCUUGCCUAAAGAGCACAUUAAUUCUUCUCGUAAAGAGGAGAGGAGUACAAAAAAAGUAGACUUCUUCAAGUGAAUUACUGGCUACGCAGAUGAAUAUUGAUCUGAGAUGUUCAGUUUCUGGGACCCAAGGUGUAAGCUUUCUUUAUAGGAGGCUACCUCCUGAGGGCUGGAGAAAAUGUAUUUGGCAAAAAAUGGGGAGCUUGAUCAAAAGGUCUUUAAAGGGGUAAGGAUAAAUUACCUAUAAGGGUAAAUCCAAAUGCAAGCACUAAAUAUAGGAAUUUGCUACAGAAGAAACUGGGAGACGUAUGGGGGUACCUGGAAACCUUAUACAGUACUAAAGUAACAGGUGAGUCAGUAGAAAAGAGUAUCUAAGGAUUUAAAUGUAUCCCAGUGUGCAGAGUACAGAUAAUAAACAUAAUGAACUUCUAGUAUUGGAAGAUACAUUCAACUUGACAGGUAUAACAGACUUGGUGAGAUGACUUCAAUAAUUAGAAUUUAGGAACUGAAGGCUCUAACUUGUUCCAAAAUAACAGAUGCAACAGAAAGAAAUGUGGAGGUAGCAUUUCAUGUCAAAAAUGUGCACACUGGCACAGACAUUCAAGAGAGUGAAAUGCUGUAGCAAAUGAGGCCAGUGAGCAACAAAAAGGACUUUUCUAGGUAUGUUCAAUACAAAAGGAAGAUAAAGGGAAUGGUAGUCCCACUGUUCAGUAAGGAUGUUGAAAUAUUCAUAGAUAGGAAUUCCUAUUCUCCCAAACUGGGAACUGCAGUGUUCCAUAUUUGGGGGGGGGAGGGGCAAGCAAACUGCCUUAAAAGGCUUGAGCAUGUUCAGUGACCACAGAAUGCUGAAUAUAAUGGACUAGUGGUGAACGACUUGCUGACUGAAACAGUGAACAUUGUGCAAUAUUCUGUUAAAGUUCCCCACAAAAGUCUUUUAGGACUUACCACCCCAUGUGCUAAGACUAGACCUAUGCUCUUUUUAAAGUUACUUUUGAAGCCAAGGGUUCUAGGGAAGGUUAAAAAAUACAACAUUUUAGAAGUUGUUUGAAUCCUCUAGGGACCAAAACCAUCUAGAUCAGAUGAAAUACUCAAAGCCAUCAGAGAUGAUGCAGGUGAGCUCAUUACCUACCAGCAAGAGAAGACAAAAUCUGCUGCAAAAGAACUCAGCAAAAUAUUUUAAUGGGUAAAAGAAUUAAGCCUUUGUGUUAACAAUAUAGCAAGUGAAGCCACUGUUCAUGUGGGGUUGUUCACUCCUUAGUUACUGAAUUGCUAUAGCCAGCCAGAAUACUUGCUUUCUAACCUUCUGCCAGCACAUUUUAAUGUUUAAAGCCUCACUUCCUACUGAACAAUAUUUCAGUUUAUAGCUGCUCAGACAAGAUUUCGAAGAUUUGUUUUCCCAUAUGUGCUCCCUGUCCAGUUUUUUUCUGUCUCCUGCUCCUCCUCUUGCUGUUGAUUGCUAACAACUGUAGCACAUAACAGAAGCAUUCAUUGUUACAGCUUUUGUUUUCAGGUGACAAAUUCAUUGUCUGUUGCUGCAAUAGCAAAACUCUUGCUAUCUAAAUGUCCUUUGGGGAUGACUAUGAAGCCAACAGUUUGGAGUGUUCAUUGCACUGAGGCCCACAGACCACUGAUAUAACCUAGUAUCCAUUUGCUACUAUAUGAAGCUGUCUUUAGGGAUCUGCUGGCACUUAGAUAUUAUUUGAAAAUAUUAAAUCUACCAGGGCAAGAUGGUGCCUAGGAGCACAACACAAAUUAAGCCAUUGUUUAAACUAUACUGAAAUAUUAUGGAUUGUUCAUAGAUUUAAAAACCACUCCAAAAGACUUGUCACGUACUCCAUUCUACUCUAUUUUUCUCCUUUCUUCUCCUUUAAAGCAUCAUAUACUCGUCAAUAUUUUACACUUGUUUUAUAUUGAAAGGAUCAAGGGGUUCAUGUUGAACUAUGGAAUUUGAUUACUUGUUCUGUCUUCGGAAAUUUUUAAAAGCAUGAAAUCACUACAGACUAGAAACUGUGGGGUUGUUUCUAUGCAGAUUUAUAAAGGAACACAUUUUGUUCCAUCAUAAUAUCUCCAUCCACAAUUUCUAAAAUUUCAGUAUUUUACAUUUGUGGUAAUGGGUGCUGUUGCCAGACUCAAGUAAGGCAGGCAAUACUGUGCCACCCAAAAGGUGGUGUGUGUGUGUGUGUGUGUGUGUGUGUGUGUGUGUAGCUGAGCCACAGCCCCAGCUUGUCCUGUGGCAUCCCAUAACAUAGAUGCUAAGCGGCUGAAAAGCAUUCUCCCAAUGAUCCUCUCAGGACUUUGUCCCGAUGGUAGGACUGGAACCACUGUAACAGAUUGCCCUCAAUUCCCAUUUUCUGGAGCAGAUCCAGGAGGACACCAUGGUCAAUGGUAUCAAAAGGCAAUGAGCUAUCAGGAAGCAGCGGUAAGGUCACACUCCCCCUGUCCACUCUGCAAAGGUCAUCCAUCGGGGUGACCAAGACUGGCUCAUUCCCAUGCCCAGGCAUGGACCUGAAUUGGAAUGGAUCUACAGAGAGUUGACUGCAGAUGAUAUACUUGUGGGAGUCAUUGCUAAUUCUCAGCUUUUAGAAGAAUUCACUAGCUGCUUGGCUGCUGUGCUAAACAUACUGCAAGUAUAACAUUAUUUACAUUUUUUUAUUUCUACUAGUUAAUAUCCUGCUGACUAAUCCAGAGGGUUCUCACAGUGGCUUACAAAUAGAAUAAAAAAACCCCACAUAUAAAACAAAUUAAAACAGCAGUCAUAAAACACUAAAGCAGCAUAAAUAUAAAUCCAACCGAAGUCAAUAAAACCUGACUCAAACUCAGCAGCACAAAAACCUUCCUGAAUAAAAUAGAACCCCCUACCACCACACACACUAUCAUGAUUAUUUGAUGCUCGAGCUCUGGACUCAUGAUCAUUUUUUUUAUUUUUUAUUUUUAAGCAGGCACUGUUCAAACUGUUAAAUAUUGUACUGGGAAUAAUGUUAGUGCUUGCAAUAAAAUAAAUAAAUUGUAUUGUAAUUACUUUCAUGACAUGGUGCUGCAGAGUCAUGGUGGGAAAAUGCCGCAUCAUGAUGUGCAGCUGCAAAGCAUCACAGCUGGGGCUGAAUCUUAUCGGCGCUUGUUAGUGUUUUGUAAGCAAUUAAAAUAACAACCAGUAGUCUAAAUAAAAUGGUUAUCUCCAACGUACUGUUCACACUGUUUUAGAGCAUUUUCUAUUCAUAUUUGGCAAUAGCCUUGGAAUCACAGUUCAUAUCAGACAACUGCUGUACACCAUUGUUUCUUGGAGACGGAUGGUGUUAAACAGGAAUCAACAGAACCCUUAAUGCACGAUGGUGAUAAUAAUUCUUAGUUUUUUAUAUAUAUAAUGUUAGCAUGUUCAUAGUGCAACACAAAUAUGUUGUGUUGGUUUAAAAAACAUUUACAGUGAUACCUCGGGUUACAGCUGCUUCAGGUUACAGACUCUGUUAACCCAGAAAUAGUACCUCGGGUUAAGAACUUUGCUUCAGGAUGAGAACAGAAAUUGUCCUCCAGUGGUGCGGCAGCAGCAGGAGGCCCCACUAGCUAAAGUGGUACCUCAGGUUAAGAACAGUUUCAGGUUAAGAACGGACCUCCAGAACGAAUAAAGUUCUUAACCCGAGGUACCACUGUAAAUAUAUUUCUGAAGCAAAAAAGAUUACGGCAUAUACCAGCAGCAGCUCUAAAAGCUGUCCAAAGCCAUAAUGUACAGUGACCAGUGGUAACACAUCUUACAACAGCCUUUCUUAUAUUAGUACUGUACCAGCCUGUAGUAUGCCACCAUUCACAACAGAAAACAGACUGUUUUCCAACUGUAAUUUUGCUCUGUUGUCCCCACACAAUUCAUGUACUUCUAUUUAUGGCUUAUUAUUAUUAUUACUUUAUUUGUUGAAUUUACAUACCACCCUACUUUUAACCAUCGUGUAACAGAAAAAAACAAGGGAGACUUGCCAUAAAACAUUGUGGUUCAUCCUCACUCCCAAGCAGAGGUACCCUUGUAAGGACUCAAGAAGAUUGGAUUUUACCUUAUUAUAGACUUCUCCACUAUAGCGAGGUGUACUUCUAUUAAAAUUACAGCAAUUAUUCCUAAUAUAUGCACACAUAUACACAACAUGAAAAAUUUGUGCAAAUGAGCACUAUAUUUCACCUGCCUUUUUUGGUGAUGCAGACGUGGCUACUUUAUUCAUCAUAUAGUCGCCUUCACAAGUUACCCACAUCAAGGGCAGAUGUGCAGAACAAGUAGCAGGCUAGACCCCAUUUAUUGUUCUACACAUGACUGUCCUCCAAGUGCACAAGAUAUGAAGGGAGAUAUUGUCAUGCAGCCAUGAAAGGUGCUAGAGACCUAGCCAGGAAAAGGUAUCAACACUUGGCAGUCCUGAUUUAAUAAUAAUGUUUGAGUCAGCCAGCAUAAUAUUUACACACACACAUCCCAAACUAUUAUAGACACACAGUGCUAAUAUCCAUGACAUAAUCAGUUAAUUAAAUAGGAUGGAGGAUGAAACGCUGGGCUCUAGAUCCCUGCCCCUGUGUAGCCCCCUACCAAAAUGCCAGAAUUUAUAGCAAUUUGUCAUUCUGAACUCAUACACUUAAAUGGAGCUGUCGUACAAAGAAGAAAAGGCACAAUUCAAAGAGCAGGCCCUUCCUUUCCUCAAGAUUUUGGCUAUUUUAGAACAACAAAUAAUAAUAAUAAUAAAUUUAUAUCCCGCCCAUCUGGCUGGGUUUCCCCAGCCACUCUGGGCGGCUUACAACAUAUAAAACAACAAAACAUCAAACAUUAAAAAACAAGAUAUCCUAUACAAGCAACAAACAAACCAAGAAGUCAAUAAAAACCAAUAGCAAUAAUAAUAUUUUAGCCAGAGCCAAAAGAUUUCUCCUCAGAGAGCAGAAUGCUAGAAUGAUCUAAGGCCAUUUUGCUGCUUCAGGUUUGACCUAAGAUGAUUAUAUCCAAAAACAACCACCAAAUUGAUUCCUAAGACGAGAAUGUCAGUAUUUGAAUAUGGUUAAUAUGUGAAUUGAGCCUGAAGAGGUAGAGCCCAGUUGGGGACUGUUGCAAUUCGAAUGAGAAACAAUUGUGUUGCGAUAUUUGUUAUAAAAAAAAGGAAAAAGGAUGCAAUUGUAAUUUGGGAAGUGGUGUAUGUGUUGUGAAUCCAUCUUGAAAACACUGGCUGUGCUAGCUAGAAUAGAGACAUUUCCUCUCAGAGAGGGCAGCCCACAAUAUUGGUAUGUGGCUUUUUAAAUAUUCCUCACAUAGUGUUGUUACAGGGCCAAACUGGAAAAAGCCACUUACAACAUAGAAUUUAGCUAUGUAUCUUUUUUAUUUUUAUAUGUUUGUGUGUGGUGGUUUUACUGAGAAGGCAGCACACAGAGCAGGGACACUUAUCACCUCAUACUAAGUCCUAGGCCUCUUCUGUACUAUACAUUUAAGGGAAUAUUAUAGCACUUUUAACAAUCAAGGUUUCCCACAAAGAAUCCUGUGGUUUAUUAAGGGUGCUGAGAGUUGUUAGGAGACAGUUUUCCCCCUCACAAAGCAACCAUUGCCAGAGUGCUUUAACAAUCAGCCCCUCUUCACUGGGAACUCUGGAAAUUUUAGCUCUGAGACUGGGAUAGAGAUCUCCUAACAACUUUCAGCACCUUUAACUAACUACAGUUCAAAGGAUUCUUUGGGAUAAGCCAUGACUGUUCAAAGUGCCCUGCCUCUUGGAUCCUACAGAGCAGCAGCAGCUGCAGACUGAGAACUGCCAUUUUGAUAUGCUGGAAUUGUGGGCCAGCAGGAAUUUGGCCCAUCAAUUUAUUAUCUGCCCUUUACCAUAAGCAGUGUUAGAAACUGAGAUAUGAAAGCUAGGAGCUAAAUGGCACCUUAAACCUAGGUUAUGGACGCAACAAGAGAAUGUCUAGGCAUGCUUUUUUAUAACAAGAAUACAAAGCUGAAAAUGAAUGAACUGUAGCCCAAAUAUUAUGUUCAUUUUUCACAUGGUCUAGUCCUUCCUCUGCCCAACCCCCUAAUAUUCUUAAGAGGAUCUCUUCUCCAGUCUUCAGAGAGUGGCUGGAAGUGGGGAGGCAGAAAAAGGUCCUCCUUUCCUUCCACUCUGCAGUUUUAAUCUGAAAUCUCAGGCGCCCGGAGCUUAGAAACUGCUCUCGCUAAUGAAAUUUCCUGUCGCAAAAUGCACCUAGAACAAUGGGAGUUGACCAUACAGUCCCACUGACCAUAAGGUCCCAGGGCAGAUUACAGCAAUAAAAUAUACAAUUAUAAACUAAAUAAAACAGUUACAACUGCAAAAUAAGGAAAGGGUAAAAACUAUUGUUACAAGGUGCACCUUAUGGCGGCCUGAUCCCUCUAAUAUAGUUGUCAGAGAACCGCUAUUAUUGUUGAAUGGUCACCAUCUGUUCUGCUGAUGGCAUGUUAACAUUAAAGUGAAGAUUAAGAAAUUGCAAAGUGGGCAUAUGCUGUACCUAAAACUGAGCUUGUUCCCCUUCAAAUGAGAGACCUAUAAAACCUAACAUUUGGAAUGGGGAAAAACUAUUCUAAAGUUAGAAUACAAUAGAAAACCUUUCUUUGUGUGCAGAUUUUUUUUUAAAAAAAACUUUUCUGCUGCCUCCCACUCCUCUUUGAGUAAGCUGUUAAAGUGAAUGGAAAUAACUUUAGCAAUGUACCAGGAACCAUCACUUGCAGAAAGUCUGCAGGGAGAGGCCUGCAUUAUCAGCUGCAUUGUGAAGAAAGCAGACUUGUAGGUAAGCAGCCAUUAAAGUAUCUUUCUUUUGGCAAUCGCUGCAAAUCCUUUCAGAAUAAAAUAUGGGAACAAAAGCGCCCUUUCAAAAGCUCUGGUGCUCUUUUAGUUCCACAAAAGAGCCAGCAUGGUGGUGUUCUGCACCAAUUGAGCAUUAUGUUAUUUCUUAGAUGCCCCCCCCCUUCUCUGUAUUUUGAACAUUUUAAAUGUUCCCUUUAGGGAACUGUUAGCAACUGUUCAAACCUUAGCAUCUAUUAUCGUGCAUUGAUUGGUUAUACCUAUGUAGAAUAUCUAAUCCUAUUUAGACCAGAUCUUGGAGACCUCUCACUGGCAUUGUUUCUCUGCCACUCUGAGUUGCAACCUGGAGGGCCUGGCCUUGCAUUGACUUUUUGCCACCUCUUUCAUCUCAGCUAGAUUCAACCAUCUAUUUAAGCCUUCUUAAAACUAACCAUUUGAUUAUCUGCAUUUAGAAGCUGCUUGCUGCUCAAGUUAUCAAUAGAGUUGAUUUACAUGAAAAUAUGGAUUGGAUGUGAGUUUUAGCUAAAUGUGCAGACAUACGGCCUAAUGUGUGUUGAGGCGAGAACAGGUGCAGUGAUUAGCGCAGUGGAGACUCUGAAACCCAGGGGUAAAUGCACUCUCUCUUUAGAUUCUCUCCAGGCUGCACCUCUCCAUUGCCCUGCUCUGUGCUCUGCUUCAAUGCUUUUGCCAGGCUGACAUGUUCCCUCGAACUGUGAUAUGCCUCUUGCUUUCCUGGACAGGGGGAUAGAUUUGUGCUUGUGUUAUUGUGUGCGUGUAGAAACAUCGGACUUCUGCUGAGAGUGGGAUCUGAAGUUGCAACGACAGUUCCAACUUCUUUCAGUCACCUCUGAAAGAAGGUUAACGGGGCAAUGUGCCGCACAUUGGAACAAUUGGGAGGCCAGGUGAUUCAGCACCCUGGCAUCUGUUUCAGGGAUGCAAAGCUUUUCAGGCCUGGUGGCAUGCAUCUAUCAUUUCAGGGCAAUGAGGCCUGGUUACAGGAUAGCUACAGGGGCUUGUGUGAUUGCUUGUAGAUGUGAGUGGUUUGGUGGCAAGACGGCGAGGAGAGGCUGACUCAGAUGGCAGAAAAAGGAAUUGGGUUGGAUUCUUAGUCUAAACUGGAACAAGGGUACCCGGGUAAAACGGUCCGGGGGGGGGGGAGUUUUGUCUGAAGGCCUAGAUGGGGGCUAAUGGGCCAUAUAACUCCCCCAAUGGUGUCCUGGUGGGUUUGGCCUAUUUGAUCCUGCGUCAUGGGGGGAAUCCUUUAUCUCUGGAUUGACCCUGGUGGAGUAAUCAACCAGCAAACGGGUUAGUUGGUUCAGGAUCCAUACCCAAUGCCUAUGCCAAAGCCUACUGGCAUCUAUAAUCAAUAAAGUUGUGGCCAUUUUGAUCCCAAGUUGUUGUGCAAUGUCUUUAGUGCUGCUUUCACACCCUUUGCCCCUGGUAAGCCCUGCACCUGGGUCCUCAAGGUCGCUCAUGAAGGAAUGUGGCCUUUGGGCAGAAAAAGAGUCCUCACCCCCAUGUAGAACAAUCUGAGCUCCUUAGAGGAGGACUGAGAUAUAUAAUAUCUACCAGCACCAAUGAGACAUAGAUUGAAUUCCUACUCCCUCACCUCUGGAUUUUACAGGUGAGUGUAGUCACACAGAAAGUAAACCUGUUAGAGCAGGCUGAGCUAGAGAUCUAUAUUAGUAGUGAAACCUGUACCUUUUAUUUUGCUAUAUUGCUAUGCUAACCUAGUCCACACAUUAAGAAUGGAAUCAAGGGGUUAGAAUAACUGAUGACUUACAGCUUUCCUAGCUUUGAUUUAAUUUAUUUAAGAGAUUUCCUACCGCCCUGCACCAUAAGGUUCCACGCUGGCUUGCAGCAAUAUGAUCGUACAAGGGAAGGGACAUUUCUCUGGGAUGCAAAUAUGCUUGGGUAAAAAGUAAAAAGAUACGGUGAAACAGAACAACAGGUUUGUUUUUAAAUGGCAGUUGUUUUGGAGCUUUCUAAUGAAAGAAAGAGAAGGGAAGUAUGUGAAAAAUGAAACCAACCAUUUUGUGUGAAAACUCUGUGGCAAGUUCAAACAAAACUGGCCUGCACAAAGGGUGGCAGGGACCUCAUUAACACAUUUGUCUCAGACCUCGAAAAAAAACACCCCUUAAGACAGCCUUAGAACUGCUGUUCAUUUUGAAAUAGUCACUUACGUAACAAAAGCAAGCAGACACACACUUCAUUAUCUUCUUGCUGAUUUGGAGCAGCAGGUGGCUUAGGCUCGCUGUGGAGUAGCAAUUUUCAUAUUGCUCCUCAGCAAAUAACUUGGCAUUAAGAGUUUUAUGCUGCACCGAGGAGUAACAUUAGCAUUAGCAUUAAUGAAUGCUAAUAGGGCACUUUGCCCUGAGAAAACUGCCUAUUUGCAUUCAUGUAGCCAAGUACAAGGUCAGUGCACAUAAUGUCCAGGAUUGUGACAGAAACUAGUAAAUUAAAAGCUGAGCCAGAAACAGUUCUACACUUGUCUUUAAGUGCACUGCAGUCAUGCAAAGUCAGAAAGAGAGAAGCGUCUAGCCCUACUUGCGGGCACAAUAUAUACAUAUAUAUCUCUUUACCUUCCUUUUUUUCUUUUAGGUCACAGUCCUAGCGUAUUGUAACAUUUUGAGGUGGAUUUCCUAGCUCUCCAGAUGGAAUUGAAAUAUUAGCUACCCACAUUUACAGAAGUGUGAGAGACACCAGAUCAUAUGCUCAGAUCAUUCAAUUUCUCUUAAGGCAGAGAAUACAGCCUUGGCUGCAAUAUCCAUCAGGUAUAUGCACUCACCUGUGAUUAACCUUACUUGGCCAUUAAAUGUCACAAUUCUUGAGUACACAUGAAGCUGAAAGAAUAUACAUUUGUCAGUAAAAAGGUGACUGAAUGAAAGACGUGAAAUGACAUUUUUCGUGGGGGUGGGAGUUGUAUCUUGACUGUGAAGGAAAAUUGCUUUUUCUGUAAAUCUUAGGCCUAACGGAAUAAAACACACAUUUCUUUCCAGUUGGGAAGCCAUUCUCAUCGACAUAAUGAAGGCAUUGUAAAGCUGUGACUUUUUGCAAACUCUGAGAGAAAACCAAUCUGCAAUCUUGACAGAUAUGAUCUUUUCCAAGAUGCGCUAUUCAUUUACAGCAGCAGGAGACCUCAGUUAAUUUACGACGGGGACAGCAGACAGUGAACUCUCCAGCUCAGCCUAGGUGGCAAUGUCCCAGUCUGAAUUUAUGUACUGGUUAUUUAUUUAUUUUUUUAAAAAAGAUUUAUAUUAAGCUUUUCUUUCAUUCCAAGAGUACAUUAAAAUUCUAAUGGAAAACCAUUUGUAUGCAUUUGUUGGGUUGCUAUUUAUUGCCCAGCAAAGAAAAAGGAAAGGAGUUGGGGGGAGGGAAGCUCCAAAAGUUUGCAAACAGUAAAGUUUUAAAGAUGGAAACUAGUAUAGAAGAUGCAGGGGUAGGAAGUGAGAAUCUAGCAGGAAAAUAUCUGCUGUGACCUGCUGAAAUGGUCAUCAUGCUGUGAGUAAUAGUUUGGAAGUGCUGUCCCCAGAGCCCGAGCAACAGUAGCCAAUGCCAUUUUAGGCAGCUGCUAUCAGAGUGAUUUCCAUUCUGCAAUAAAGUGACAGAAAUGGCCUAGUCUAAAGGCUCAUUCACACAUCAAAGUUUGUUACACACUGAGUGCAAUUUCAAGGAAUGACCUCCACAUGUGAAUGAGUCAUCACCACACAUUUAUUCAUUACGUUUAUAUCCAGCCUUUCAGCCAUCUGGGCAUUGCACUUAAUAGACCCCGAUCUGCUUAGCUUCCAUAAGGUUAUUACAUCAUUUGUCUUUGCUUCAGGCCAUGCCCUGGACAGUAGCACAAAUAGUACUUCCAUAUAAUACUUUUCAGCAGGAUCAUCAAGUGGUGAUAGGAAAUUGUGUACCUGUGAAACAAUCCUAAGUGCUAAGGAACAAAAUUUCUAUCUUUCCCAAACAUGAUUGACAUAUGUGUGCAACAGGAGCAGGAAACCUGAUUUUAAGAAAUUGUAUUAAAUUAAAGUAAUUUGUUUUGAUUUGUAAUAAUUUUUUUUGGGGGGGGGGGUUAAAAAAUAGCAGGAAUCAGGCAUGUCUGGAUUGUGGCCUUCACAUUUUACAAGCCUCCUAGUACUCAUCUUCAUAGCAACUCCAUUAAAUUUGUGAUUCUUAUUUUCCCAUUGGGUCCUUGGAAAAUGGAAGGCUUUGUCAUGUGUUAUAGUUUCAAGGAAUAUAUUGUUAUGAGCUUGGUGUGGGAGGAAGUAGGCUGUAUGCAGAGACCCUCCUAAUCCCCGGAUCCAGCAAGUGUUAUAUUUUAAGGCAGGCUAGCUUCCUGUUGAGGUGGUCGCCUGGGCGAUGGGCCAUUAAGGGAACCAAGGAAGUGGAUCUGUGUGAGAUGGCAAAUGGAAGGACAAAAGGCCAGAGUAGAGAGCUGAGUGAUGUGAGCCAGAAACUGGAAGAAAAAGUAGCAAGCUGGAAAGAGUGUUAAAGCAGCGUUUGAUUUCGGCUGGGAUCGAAGGCUGUGGGACCCCUGGAAUCUCAGACAGCUUGAAGAUUGGAGUGGUGUGCAACACUAUGCUAUAGAUUUGCCUUUUAUAGUUGUUGGCAUUCAAAACUCAUGCAUUGUGGUUGGUUGUGGCUUUUUAUUCUUAUGUAUAUAUAAUGGAAAUGGUGUUGGAAGCUGAGAAGGAUAUUAGACCCUUCCCUAGGUUUGUUUCCAUGAUGUGUACAAAGUGAAAAAAGUCAAAUAUACUUUAAACAUUACAUUUAAAGAGGUACAUGUUGUAGCUUAGCAACAUUUUGACAAACAUAACGUGUGCACCACUAGCUUAGGUGGGUUUUUUAAAGGGCCAGACAAAUUCAUAAGUUUAGGUUUUACAAAGAUAUAUUAGCUGUGGAACCUCCAUGUGCAGUGACAGUAUCUCAGUACCAGUUGCUUGAGACAAACAGGGACACCAUUAUCUCCAUGCCUCCUUUGUGAGCUCCCGGUGUUGACUUUUUCUGUGGUUUUGGAAACUGAUCUGGUGAUGCAGUGUCCGGGCUGCUGCUUGUCAGCUCUUGUGAUUUUAUGGCAAAUGAAAAUUCUAAUUUCUGAGACACUGAGAGCUGUGCUGUGUGAUCCUUCAUGAGAUUUCUGGACCUUCCUCUGUUAAAAAUCUCCCUUGAUUGGAUAGCUCAGCAUCUUUGACCAAGAAGGGAUUUGACUGAGCUUGAACUGUAGAUCAUGUUCAUGUAGAACAGGCACGUCCAACUCCCAAGAGACUGUGAUCUACAGCCAGUAUAAAAAAAUUGGCCAGGAUCUACCCAUUGUCAUUGGAGGGAGGAGUAGCGUGUGUGGGGUGGGUGGAUGGGUGGGUGGAAGGGGAGGAUUGCCCGGAGUUGUUGAGCUUUUUGGGGGAGGAUUCACCAGAGUUGUUGAGCUUUUUUGUAUGUACAUGUUGAGCUUUUUUGUAUGUACAUACAUGUCCAAAGACAUUUUGCUACAUGAGGCAGAAAACCUAACUAGCAUGUGCUAUGGCAGUAAAAGCAUAACAACAACGUAUGGUUUGCUUCCUUUUAAUGAUAUCCCAAAAUCAGCUGCCUGAGCCAGGCUGCUUUGUCUAAUGGAAAGGUUGACCCGUGAUGCAUUCAAGUUUCUCAGUACAUAGAUAGGAUCCCUUUUGGGCUUCAAAUCCCAGACAAGCCAUGCCUAGAAUUGGGUGGCUGGUUAUACCUGUGGUGUCAUAGUCCCAGAUUCAAACCCUGGCAUCGCAGUGACACCACAAUGAAGCUAUGUUUUAGGUAGGGCUGGUGAAGAUUCCUCCACCCUGAACCGUUAGAGAGCUGCUGCUUAUAUAAGAGGGCUUAGUGGUCUGACUCAAUACAAGGCAGCUUUCUCUGUUCCUAUGAAUUACAAGUAAACAUUAACAAGAACCUCAGAAUUAAAAUCAUUCAAUAAGUGGGUGGGUUGUAUUCAGAAAUUCAGAAUUUCUCACCGAGUGAGAAAAUGGAAUUUAUUUUCAUCCUUCAGUUUGGACUCCUUCAAGAAUACAUUUUACACACACACCCCACACCCCAAACCACCACCAGUCACUGUAAGCUGUUAAAAAACCUUUGUGUUUCAACAUAGUAGCCCCUCUCUUAUUUGCUGGUCCUUUUCUUUAGAAAUGACUUUUGACAAAGGGCUUAGUAACAGGAAGGUUAAUUUUCUGUUUGUAUUCUGAACACUAUUUGACAAUAGAAAAAGUUAGAAAACAAAUAUUGGAGGGGGAGGAGGCAAAAAGAAUGUGUACAGUGGUACCUUGGGUUAAGUACUUAAUUUGUUCUGGAGGUCCAUUCCUAACCUGAAACUGUUCUUAACCUGAAGCACCACUUUAGCUAAUGAGGCCUCCUGCUGCCGCGCCGCCGGAGCACAAUUUCUGUUCUCAUCCUGAAGCAAAGUUCUUAACCUGAAGCACUAUUUCUGGGUUAGCGGAGUCUGUAACCUGAAGCGUAUGUAACCUGAAGUGUAUGUAACCUGAGGUACCACUGUAUGUUCUUCAGGCAGAUGUGUCUUUGUUGGCAACGUGGAUAAAAAUCUCUCUGUUACUGCGGGGAACAGGAGAUGGGAACUGGUUUAUCCACUGUUGAGAUGGAUAGAUAUAAAAUAUUUGAUUAAAAGUAUUGCUAAUUAUUAUAGCUCUGCUAUCCAACCAUUUCCUUGUCAGUAAUUUUGUUACACUUUAAUAGUCAGUCAAUGACUCUUUUCAUUUGCUCUUGAGGCAUUAGUGAGUCUGGCUCUGAUAAUGCGUUACCUAAUCUUAUCUAUCUAUCUAUCUGGGAUUUUUAUGAAACCUGCACAUAAAACCCUGGAAAGUGCUUAACUGUGUCUCUUCAUAGAUUAAAGCAAUGUCCUUCGUCUUUCCUGUACCAGUUUAAGUCAAGUGAGUGGCCUUGCUGCAAUUUGGAAUAGACUUGUGUGAAGUCCAGAAGUAAUCCUCAUGUAGGGUGUGCAAAAUUGGACUUUUUGUACUUAAGGGAAGGACAAAAGACAUAGGGGGAAAUCUUUUGAGUUUAGACUUCUCAACAUCUGAAGAAAUUACAGUAUGUUUUGGAGCAUUUGCCUGUUAUUUUCAAAACCAGGGAACAUUAGGAGGGGGGUGCUUGUUCACUUUUUAAAUUUGUAUGCGUACCAUUGUGCAAAGUGUAGUAGUUAAUAUUGUCUCAUCUGCUAGGAGGCUGUCCUUAAAGACUUUUUCAAAGACAAGAGCUGGUCAAAAAUGGGAAAUCUUACCUUAUAGGUGUGGUCUGGCGUCUAUUUGGAGUGUUGCAGGCACAACUGAAGAGGCUGUGUGUUUGUCCAAUAAAGACUCUUUUCUCUCCUGUAAACCACAUUUGAUGUGUAUGCAAACAAAAAAUAGGCCCCUCUGGAUUUGAAAGUUCUUUUGCAGGAUAGCAGUGGGUUGUUUCCAAAGUGAUACUCAGUCAGGAUAAUAUUUUCUAGAUGCAAUGUGGAAAGCAUUUAUUUAAGGGCUGGUGUGAAAGAAUGUGUGUUUUAAACCUUUUACAAAUGCUGUUACUGCCUUCAGGAUGCAGUCUGCAAAUCUAAGGCUGAAAUCACACAUGCAUUUUCAGGUGGUUUAAUUAUCUUUCUCCACAUAAGUUAAUUCAUCUUAUCACUGUUCAAGUUAUGCAUCCCCCUCUUUAAAUGUCACAACCCCUCCAGCUAGUGUGUUCUGGCCCGUACUGCCCUGUAACUCUUUUCAGAUGCAAUUCCAUCGUGACCUAAUGGACCUCCUUACUGACAGUGUGAGAAUGGAUUUCUUUCUGAAUUAUUUGCCCACCUAGCCCACUGAAGUCACAUCAUCAUCAUCAUCGUUUCUAAUGAAACUGACAAAGUAAGGUGAAAGACCUGUCAAUUUUACUUAAUGAUUUCCUUCCUUUCCCCUACACUCCCUCUCAGAUACUGGCGAAAUUCUUGUCAUUUGGUGUCUUGUGCAUUUUGAAAAUUAGAGCAGUAUUAUGUGCCCCAGUGGUGGACCACAUGAAUCCCCUUAUGAAGAGGAAAAAACCAACAAAACAUGCUGGUGAAAUAGAUUAAGCUUCCUUUGACCUUGCCUCUCCAGAGAGAGGACACAAUGUUGAUGGGGGACCCUCAACAGUUCCCAGGAUUCUUUUGGGGGAAGCCAUGACUGUUAAAGCAGUGUAAGAGUGCUUUAAAUGUAUGGUGUAGAUUGUUAGUUAUUGGUUUUGCAAUCUCCUACAUGUUUUCUGUUGCAGCCUGUGUGUCUUCUAUUUCAUUCUCCUCUUUUACCCCCCACUCUUGUUUUAUGCAAAUUGUUUUCCAUUCUGAUGUGGACAGUAACUGUGAGCAGUAGGUUCUUCUCUCUCUAAUUGGAAGAACUGGAAAAGAAGCAAUUCUGUGAGGUGAAAAGCAUGUUUUUGAAAGCUUGGUUGUUGAUUCUGUUUUAGAAAGAGAGAGAAUGAGUCAGGGUCACCUUUAUGCUAUCGCCAUUGGCUUCUGCUCUGUGGAAGCAUCUCUCUGCUAAUGUGAAUUAUGCUUUCUGAGGGCCCUGGUUACUGGGAAGUAUUUCCCACAGAGUGGUGCGCAUAAUGCUCAGUGCUUUAUUUUAAUUAUUAAAAUGCAAUACUGCAAAAUAAUCAUUACUGUAUUGCUUCAGAAACACUUACCAAAGAUGUGGUCCUGGCAAAGUAAGUUCCAUUCACUCACUUUAAUGGAUGGUUGCUGUAACCGGGGGGGAUGGGGGCAGUGAGAGGAAGACUGCAGUUCAGGCCAAGCUGAGCUUUUGGUGGGAGGGCACAAUAUUGAUUUGACUAUUGAUUCUGCACAGAACAUUUUUGCUUUCUAUUUUUCAGAACAAAAUCCCCACCUUCCUCUUGACAGAUCAGAUGUCACUUUAUUUUUCUUUACUUGAAAUAAUACCGAAUGCAGGUUGUUGACAGCUUUAAGCUUUUGCACAGUCAGCAUGACAGGGAGGAAUGGCAUAGACAUGAGCAAAAGUCAAAUGGUCUCCCAGGAGCUCCAACCCAUUAAAGCAAUUGCUGGGAGAGAAAAUGAAUGCUCAAAACAUCUGCAGCUUUCCUUAGCUUCAGUUUACAGUCUGGUCUAAAAGUUUUGUUUUGAACCCUUAUGCUUUAUUAAGUGUCCCUAACCCAUGUUGGGAACUAGGUUUGAAUGUGCUAAGAAAAUGUUUCCUGUUGCUCCAAUCAAAACUAAAUUCUGUGCUCAGAUCUGUACGACUUGUGCUCAGAUCUGUACAAGUUGUGUCCCAUCAAGUCUUUCACAGCAGUGUAGGAGCUCAGUGAACCUUCUGUUUUUGCUGUCUGCCUGCAACUUAAAAAAUAUGGUAGGAUAGUGGUACCUUGGGUUACAGACGCUUCAGGUUAGACUCCUCUAACCCAGAAAUAGUACCUUAGGUUAAGAACUUUGCUUCAGGAUGAGAACAGAAAUCGUGCUCCGGCGGCACGGCGGCAGUGGGAGGCCCAUUAGCUAAAGUGGUACCUCAGGUUAAGAACAGUUUCAGGUUAAGAACGGACCUCCAGAACGAAUUAAGUUCUUAACCAGAGGUACCACUGUACAUUUGCCACAAUGUACAGCUAGUAGGCUGUAUUCAAUGUGGGUUACAGGGGAUCUGACUUGCAUAAUCAUCAAUUCUUCAAUGACAAAUCUGAUGCGUGUGUCCCAGAAUAUGAAAGGGGCACAAUAUAGUCAUUGGUAUGAGAAUUACGGACACGGGGGAAGGAAGUAGCCACUGUGGCACUCUCAGAGGGAAAGGGAGAUGCACAGGGCGAGACACAGAAGGUUAGUGUCCCACGGCCAGUGUUACCAUGAUGUAGAAAUUUCUGUAGAUCUGGGAAAUGCCAUUCUUCUUGAAAAUUAGCUGAAAUGUUAGCUUAUGUGCAGAGUGCAGGAUUCACUUGUCUGCAAGCAGCAGGUCAUAAUAAAAUAUUAUUGUGUUAAGUGUGGAACAGUGUUGUAGGUCACAUCCCAUUGAUAACCUAUUGCUAAAUGUUUUGUAUGUAAGCUUCUGUAUCUAAUCUUGGCAUAAACUGUGUCAGAACAGCCUCAGAAAUGUGGAGGAGGCUGCAGAAUUCUGUGACCCCUUUCCCAAUUGCUUCCACUUGCCAUUAUUUCUGCUGGUAACAUCUUUCACUCUUCAAAAAUGAGUCUACUCUGUACCAUGUUGCUACAAUCCAUGGAUAGUAAAUUCUGAAUAGGGAUGUUGAGGACUGUGUGGAAUAAUAAAUGGCAUCUAAAGAAAUUGCACCAAGUAUCUUGUAAAUGUACUCCGUUUAUAAUAUGAUACUGUGCAAGUGGUUUUUGUGAACUAUCUCUUUUUCAGCACUGUUUGAAUGAGCUGCUAUGUUAGAAAAUAAGCAAUAACCUCUUGAGCCAUUUUUAUUAUUGACCAAUAUUAUUUCUGAUUGAUUAUUUCAUCUACAUAGGAGCAAACUGA